GGGGAUGUAAUGUCAAAUAGCUGUCAAAUCAUUUAGGUCCAAAUUAAUGAAAAACAAAUCGUACGUAUUCUGCCCACUUUUCACAAUAUCUAAACAUGUCGGAAACAAUGUUUGAUGCCCGUGCGUACUGCAAAAUAAUGCUGCAUGCGGCGAAGUAUCCCCAUUUAGCCGUGAACGGACUGCUUUUGGCAGUAAAUGGAAAACCGAAUGUAAUUGUGGAUGUGGUACCUCUGUUCCAUCAGUGCCUUCACGUGUCACCCAUGGCUGAAGUAGCAAUGGUUCAGGUAGAAGCAAAAGCAGCUCAAAAGGGUCAACAAAUUGUUGGUUACUACGUCGGGUGCGAAAAUUUCUACGACAACCGUUUCGAGCGGGCACCGGGAAUACGGAUUGCGGAUAAAAUAGCCGAAAAUUGUGGUGAUGCUUGCAUUGCCGUGAUCGAUAACCGGGCUAUUUCGAUUAACAUGCGCUAUCCAGCAUUGAGGAUUUGGCAGCAUCGCGACAAUCGCUGGGUAAAAGCAAAAUGUGUAGUAGAAAACGAUCACGCCACAUUCGAUGCGGUUUCCUGCCUAUUGCAGCGUGGUGCAGCAAAAGAACUGCAUGACUAUGAUAACUACCUGGACAAUACGCAAAAUGAUUGGAACAAUGUGCAUUUUAAUGGCGAUUUGAAACAAAUACUUUCCAUGUACUGAGAAAUAAGGCAACUUGCAGUUCUAAGUUGAAAUAUAUG